CUCUCUCUCUCUCUCUCUCUCUCAUCUCUCUCUCCAUGAAGAUCCGAUCCUGGCUAUCAACCUUCUCCACCACCACCACGAUGCCACCACUCAACCACCUAUCCUCCGGCACUAGCAGCAGCUCAGACAACACCUCAUCAUCAGCAUCAACAUCACUAUCUUCCCUCACCAGCUACAACAGCCUCCAAACCAACCUCUCCCUCCAAACCCUCCCCUCUAUCCCUUCCCUCCAAACCAACCUCCUCCUCUCCCCCUCCUCCUCUCUCUCCUCCCCACUACCCCUCUCUCUCCACCACACCCUCCCCUCCCUCUCCCCCUGCGGCGUCAUCGCCUCCCUCGCUCUCCGCCACCCCCUCCUCUACGCCGCCUCCGGCCACCAAAUCCACGUCUUCGACGUCACCGACAACUAUGCUCUCGUCGACACUUUCAACAGCCGCGAUCCCUCCUCCGGUUCCGUGAAAUCCAUCACUUUCCACCGCGGAAAAGUCCUCACCGCUCACCAGGACAGUAGAAUCCGCGUGUGGGAAUUAGCGGCGGAUAAAAAACACGAACUCGUGGCCACUCUGCCCACCGUCAAGGACCGUUUACGGCGUUCUGUUUUCCCGAAGAACUACGUCACGGUUAGGCGGCACAAGAAGCGGCUGUGGAUCGAGCACCACGACGCCGUCUCGGGAUUGGCUGCUAGUGGCGAUUUGAUUUGUUCGGUGUCUUGGGACAAAUGUUUGAAGAUUUGGAGGCCGUCGGAUUUCCGUUGCGUGCAGUCGGUUGAGGCGCAUGACGACGCGAUUAAUGCGGUCGCAGUUUCCGGUGACGGCAUAAUUUACACGGCGUCGGCGGACUGCCGGAUCAAAGUAUGGGGAAUCCCGUUCGGAGAGAGACAAUACGGACCAAUAGCGACUUUAGAAAAGCACAAAUCCGCCGUUAACGCACUGGCAUUGAACGGCGACGGAACGGUUUUGUUUUCUGGCGCAUGUGACCGUUCAAUCCUCGUGUGGGAGAGAGAGGACAGUGCUAACUACAUGGUGGUCACCGGUGCUCUGCGGGGCCACUCGAAGGCCAUACUCUGUUUAAUCAAUGUCUCCGAUUUGUUGUUCAGUGGGUCCGCCGAUCGAACGGUCAGGAUUUGGCAGCGGGGGCAUGACGGGAAGUUUUGUUGCUUGACUGUGUCGGAUGCGCACGAGAAGCCGGUGAGGUCUUUGGCGGUGGUGGUUGAUGAAGGUGGGUCCGCCGCGGGUGGUGGCGGUGUUAGGGUUUUUAGUGGGAGUUUGGAUGGGGACAUUAAGGUGUGGGAGGUGGGGGUUUCGAAGGUUAGUGGGAAUUUGCAUUCUAAUGGUUUUUGAAAUUGGAUAUGUGAAUUUGGAAAAGAGAUGGAGUUGGAAAUUA